AUGGGUGGCUAUUAUCAUACUGACAGAGGCAAUAAGCUUAUGUCAGUAGCCUGUUUGUCGUUAGUGCUCGUCACGAUAGUCGUUCCAGCUCGAGUCUGGGUGCGGUUGAGGAUAGUUCGUUCUUUCGGCCCUGAUGACUGGGCGGUUGUUAUCGCGACUAUGUUUGGAAACUCAUUCUGUAUCCUUGUAGUGGUGGGUAUGUUCUUUGGUUUUGGUGAACAUAUCGAUAAAGUGCCCCCCAAUGAAUACAAAAUUGGCUUAAUGAUCAGCUGGAUCACCCAACUCCUCUACAUCCCCGGCGUCUGCAUCGCCAAAAUCAGCGUUUCCCUCUUCAUUCGCCGUCUCUCGCCUUACAAAACUUACACAAAGAUAGCCUGGUUCAUAAUCGUAUUCAUGGUGACUUACACAAUAAUGAUGUUCUUUUUUAUCCUGACGCAGUGUCACCCUUUCGGUCUUACAUGGGACAAGAGCCUUCAGGGAAAAUGCUUGUCGCCGCAAUUCAUGAGCAUUUUGGCCUAUGGACAUAGCGCGGCUAACAUUACCACUGAUUUUGCACUGUUGUUUUUGGUUAUUGCUAUGAUGUGGAAUGUGCAGAUGCCGCGCAGACAGAAAAUGGCGGUGUAUGGCGUCUUUGGAUUGGGCACUUUUGCAAGCUUGGCGAGCGUCGUAAAAUUUACACUUUCUGUCGAUUUUGGAAAGAAGGGUGACUAUCUCUACGACAUCAACGGUCUCGCAACCUGGUCCAUAGUUGAGAUACAAGCUGGCAUCACCGCCAGCUCCCUUCCCACGAUCAAACCUCUCUUCCGGAAAUACUUCAAACGCGGCCUCAAAUCGUCCGACGCUAUCGCAAGCAAUAGCAGCGAGCGCCCAUACCCGCUACAAUAUUUGUCGCCAGUCUCGAGGAGCUUCCAGCACGACCUUGUCACGAUGGACAGCGAGAGCGAGCAACAUAUUGUGAGUAGAGCCCCGGUGGGUGGCAUGGAUGCUUUGGAGUCGGGGGAUGGGCAAAUGCCAAGGACCGAUUCGGGAAGAAAGUCUCUGGAACAGUAA